AUGAUUACAGCGUUACCAGUACCUUCGGUGAAGGUCUUUCAUAAGACUUAUUACCAAGAGAAAAGUUCGCGGAUAGGAAAUAGUCAACCGGGUAGCCCAUUGGCGGAAAGUGAGGCAGUACUGACGACAGAUAAGGAGCCGCCGGAGUAUUAUUUCUGCGGACAGGUCAAUUCGCUGUACGUUGUCGUCGGAUCGCUGCUGAUGGGAGCGGUGGUGCUAGUCGUCGGUCUGGUACAACUUGCGCCGGGUGCAGAGGCUGCCCAAAACUCAGCAGCUUUGAUCGCCACAGGAAGCAGUCUUUUGGUAAUAGGAGCAUUCCUCGCGCCGUUGCGAGCAAUUUGUAUCAAGAGGCAGAACGCGGCUCAAAAGGAAAAUACUCAUCAGCGCAGCGUCACUAGCAUAGACAUGUUGCUGGCCCAGCACAGGGACUUCACGGUCCUGACACCCGACGAGCUCGAGGACCUCGUGAGUCGGCCGGUGCCUAAUAAUCUCGAGAACAAGCCGCACAAGCAAGAUCACAACACCUAGGUGCUAGUUGUGUCG